AUGGGGGGCAAAACUGGAAACAAGGCCGGCUACUUCGACAAGCUGAAGGGCUUGUUGGAGGAGUACCGGUCCAUCUUCAUCGUCUCGGUCGACAAUGUCUCGUCGCAGCAGAUGCACGAGAUUCGCCAGGCCCUCCGAGGUCAGGGUGUUGUCCUGAUGGGCAAGAACACCAUGGUUCGCCGUGCGCUCAAGACCUUCAUCAACGACACCCCCGAGUACGAGCGCCUGCUGCCCUUCGUCAAGGGCAAUGUCGGCUUCGUCUUCACCAACGGCGACCUCAAGGACAUUCGUGACAAGAUUCUGGCCAACAAGGUUGCCGCCCCCGCCCGUGCCGGUGCUGUUGCCCCGGUCGACGUGUGGGUUCCGGCUGGCAACACGGGCAUGGAACCCGGCAAGACCUCGUUCUUCCAGGCUCUCGGUGUCCCCACCAAGAUCGCCCGUGGUACCAUUGAAAUCACAACCGAUCUCAAGCUCGUCGAGGCUGGCGCCAAGGUCGGCCCCUCCGAGGCGACCCUGCUGAACAUGCUCAACAUUUCUCCCUUCACCUACGGCAUGGGUAUCGCUCAGGUGUACGACCAGGGCAACACCUUCCCGGCUGACGUUCUCGACAUUGGUGAGGAGCAGCUCCUGAAGGCCUUCUCCUCGGCUGUCACCACCAUUGCCGCCGUCUCGCUGGCCCUCAACUAUCCCACCUUGCCCUCGGUCAUGCACUCUCUUGUCAACUCGUACAAGAAGGUGCUUGCCGUUGCCAUUGAGACCGACUUCAGCUGGCCCGAGAUUGAGCAGCUCAAGGACCGCAUCGCCAACCCCGAGGCCUACGCUGCUGCGGCCCCUGCUGCCGGCGCUGCGGCUGCCGGCCCCGCCGAGACCAAGGCUGAGGAGAAGAAGGAGGAGUCUGAGAAAGAGGAGUCCGAUGAGGAGGGCUUCGGCGGUCUCUUGUUCGUGCCCCGUGCUUUGGAUUAUCUGGUACACUGCUAA